AAAAUGUCCAACCGUCGUGGUGGUUUUGUAGAAGGGAAAGUUUAUGUUGGUGGAUUACCUGAAGAUGCCACAUCCGAAGAGUUGGACGAUGCUUUCCAUAAAUUUGGACGAAUUCGCAAAAUUUGGGUUGCCCGUCGUCCUCCAGGCUUUGCUUUUGUAGAAUUUGAUGAUCAUCGAGACGCGGAGGAUGCUGUACGUUCAAUGGAUGGAACACGCAUUUGUGGAGUUAAGGCAAGAGUCGAACUUUCUGUUAGUGCUUCUGGACGCCCUAGUGGAGGGGGACGAGGAGGCUUCCGUGGUGGCGGUGGUGGUGGUGGAUAUGGCGGUGGUGGAGGAGGAGGGAGAGGAUAUCGUGAUCGAUCUCGCGAUCGUCAUGAUCGCGACCGGGACCGUGAUCGUUCAAGCAACACACACACAACCACCCAAACAUCUCACCAUCAACCAACCAUCUUUUCAACCUCAUCUCAUCUUCUCAACCCAAACAAUCCAUCAUUUUCUCAAUUUGUUCACCCAAAAUUUAAAAAAAUUCGGCUCAGCAUUUGCAAAUGCCGGAUAGAAAAAUUAAAAAAUUUUUUGGAAAUUUCCUUGUCUCCUUUUAUUCGUCUCUUUUUGUGUGUUUUGUGA